AUGCACCUCGUGUGGUCCCUUUCGCAACUACAACACGGCACUACGUUUAGCUUUGACUGCUGGGGCAGACCUUUGGUGGAUGCGCCGGCGCCGUACACACUUGCGGGUGGGUAUCGCUUCGUGCUUUCCGGAUUAAAGGGCGAUCAACAAUUUCUGAAGAAGACACUAUGCAUCGACCAGUCAUGGGUCAGCGACAACAUCUGCUGGUACUGUGAGGUCAGUGUGCGACUAGAACCUCUGGAUCGCCGCUACUCUACACAAAUCAUGGACGUCGGGCGGCACACCGUGACACGCAACCUGAUGCGAUCGGACGCCGAUUUCGUGCAAAUGGCCCGGAAAUCUGCAUGGAUUCUUGUGCCGGGCAUCUCCCUCAGCAGGGUCUGGCCAGAUAUCCUUCAUGUCAUCGAUCUCACGCUCGCCCCGGAGGCAGCUGCUUCCGCCUUACUGGAGCUGACGGAGUCGCAGCUGCCCUGGUCUGGCACGUCCCAGCAAAGCCGCUUGAGCGCUGCGUACGCGGACUACAUUGCCAUGUGCAAGAAUGUUGGUGUUCGCGCUCGGGCUCCUCCUUUCCAACUGGAUGCCAUCAAGGCGAAUUCUCAACGAUUUCCUACGUUUGCUCAGAAGCACCUGAGCGGAGCUGAAUCUGUCGUACUUGUGCGGUGGUUGGCGGAUGUGUGUGCCCGAGAAGCGGUGCGUUGCCAAACCCAACAUGCGAACCUCCGUGCGGCUGUCUUCCUUGCACUGGCUUCCUAUCGUGCGGUCUUAAGCGACGCUGAUUUCUAUCUCACCGAGCUGGAACUUCGAAGUCUGGAAUAUUGGAACGACAUGUAUCAAGAUAGCUUAAACUGUGUGGACCUGAGCAUCAUAUGCUUCUCCACCGCGUGUAGAUUGUCGAUCAUGUUGCGGACUUGUGGACUCGAUCUGUUGCUGCAGGUUUGGCUGCAGAGGCCAUUCGCGACAAAAAGAUGCUCUGGAAGGUGCGACCUAAGUGUCAUCAGUUGGCGAUAA